AUGAGUAGGCAAUUGAAAGGGAAACAAUACGACAAAGUAGCUCUGCAAAAUGCAGUGCAUGCUGUUAAGUCAAAAUCGAUGGGCUAUUUAAAGGCAUCAAAAUUGUACGGUGUCCCAAGAACAACUAUCUAUGAUAAGGUUGUUGGUAAAUCAUCCGUUGAGAGCUUUCAGGGAUCUCCAACUCUUUUAUCUUCGGAAGAGGAAUCCCGGAUCGUUAAGUGGUUAACAGACAUGUCAAAAAUAGGGUAUGGACGUAGUAAACAAGAGCUACUGGACGUUGUGCAAAAAAUAAUCCGGGCAGAUGGUAGACCAAAUCGUUGUAAAGAUGACAGACCAGGUAAAGAUUGGUACUACAGUUUUAUGAACAGGCAUCCUGAAAUUUCGUUAAGAUCGCCGAGACAGUUAGGUAAAGAAAGGGCAGUCAUUAAACCUGAACAUGUUGAAAAGUGGUUCACAGAUUUCGAGUCUUUCAUUAAGGAUACUGUCCCUGAUCCAGUCAUACUUCUAGACCCAACGCGGCUGUACAACGCCGAUGAGACAGGGUUCAGUAUGUGUCCAAAAACGGGGCAUGUUCUGGGUCUAAGAGGUGCAAAAUCGGUUUAUAAUAUAACUGCGUCAGAUAGAUCACAGAUAACAGUUAUGGCUGGAAUGAGCGCCGCUGCUCAUUAUCUGCGCCCGAUGAUAGUGUUUGCUGGGCAGAGAUUUACCAGAAAUAUGUUAGAGGGGUUUGAUGAUGCAGUAUUGGGGAGGUCAGAAAACGGAUGGAUGGAUAGUGAAUUGUUUGUCAUGUGGCUGAAAACCGUUUUCAUCCCAGAUAUAAAAGAAAGGCAGGUGAAAAAGCCAGUAAUUCUGUUUGUUGAUGGACAUAAAACACAUAUGACUAUUGAAGCAUCUGAUGUAUGUAAAGAUAAUGGGAUCAUAUUAUAUUGCCUACUGGAACAUGCUAGUCAUCUAAUGCAGCCAUGUGAUCUAAGACUAUUUUCGUCCCUAAAGGAAACAUGGAAAUCUUCUUUACGUGAAUGGCAGAUAGAUCAUGUAGGUCAGUAUGUGACAAAGUUUGAAUUUGCUGCGAUAUUCAAAAAGGCAUGGGUAAAUGCAUCAAAGGUUGAGAAUGCUGUGAAUGGAUUCAGAGACGCAGGCCUUUUUCCAUUAGAUAAAGACAAAGUAUUAAAGACUGACAAGUUUCAAACAAGCAUUCUGUUCAGACAAAAAGAAAGUAAAUCAAAUGAAACAGAAGAUAAUAGAACAACUGAACAGACAGAAACAGCCCAAGAUGAGGAAAGCAGACCAGACACUCAGAUGAGACAAGUAGAACAAACAGUUGCAAAACAGAAUGAAACCCGUCAGAUGGUUAAUAAAGAGAAACAGACUGAGAAUGAAAAGCAAGAUGAAGCAUCGAAGGAGAAGGAGAAUAUUGACCCAAAGUCGAUAAUUACAGUAAACGUAAAAGUCACCACUAAUAAUAGUUUAAGUCCGCAACCUUCAACAUCGGGGGCUGCAUCGCCAAUGAGCAAGAUCCUGAAUAUUCCGAAGCCUAAAACAACAAAGAAGAGAAGUUUCAAAAGAGAAAUAUUGCCAAAAGCAAUCACAGGGGAAGAAUUUCGUAAAAUACUGAGUGAAAAAAAGAGAAAGAAGGAGGAAGAGGAGGCUGAAAAGCAAAGGCGCAAAGUGCAAAGGGAACAAAAACGUCUUGAAAGGGAAAAGGAGAAACAAAUUAAGGCCGAGCAGCGUCUUCUGAAGAAAAAACAGAAGGAGGAGGAAAAGGAAAAAUUGGCCAAAAUGAAAAGUAUCAUUAAAAAAAUAAAAAAGGCCGAGGUCGUAUAUUCUGAUGACGAAGGUAGUGAUUUCUCCGUGCAGGACGACUCUGAUGAUAACAUGCCGAUUGACCCAAACAAGUGUUACAGAUGCGAUGGUACUGAUGAUGAUUCUGGGUGGAUUGGUUGUCAGCGUUGUUUCCGUUUCUUUCAUAGAAAAUGUACAGAUAUUGAGUUUGAAAUAAUGUCAGAGGAGGAGAUUCAAGGGUUUCCUUUUGAAUGUCUCUACUGUUAA